CCUGCAAUUUAACCCUUAGGAAAUCUCACACACAACACACACGCUUGCUUGAACCGCGAUACACAAAAUAUACAUACAUACAUACGAACAUAACAAAAGGCUGAACAUCUGGGCGAAUAUAAAGUGCAUGGGAGCACACGUAUCUCCAAUGACAAUCGUUUUCGUGGUCAACAUUGUCAGUGAGUGUCCGUGGUGAUGUUGAGAGCCAGGUUAGAAAAAACUGAGCACUAGAAACCAAUUUGAAGGAAAAAUCAGUGUAAACGAGGAUUGAAAGUGUGCGUAAAUAUGUUUAAUUAAUUCAUGAAAAAUAUCAAAAUCGGAUAAUCUUGAAAAUUCAAAUAAUUCCGAAAGAACGGAGAAACAGCAACUUGACCAGAUCGUACACACGAAAAAAAUUGAUCAAAUGUGAAAUCAACAGUGGCAGUCGUCUUUUUUUUUCUCUCCCAUCUCUCGGAAAGAAUCAAAUUCUUUUCCUGCUGCCAAAGAUUCUGCACUAAUGCCUCUCGUAGCGAGAAAUUGUCCACACAUCUGCAAUCACGGCGACCUGACAAUUGUCGAAGCUGUCUUUGCUCAGAAAGAAAAAUUUGUAAAAUGCAGCGACUGCGACAGCGAAGGUCCCAACCUCUGGCUAUGCCUCUUUCCCGAUUGUCGGUGGGUUGGCUGUGCCGAAACUCAUCAAGAUCACAGCACUACCCACAACACCGAUUAUCCCCUACAUUGCGCCCACAUGAAUUUAUCUACAAAUCGAAUUUGGUGCUAUGCCUGUGAGAAAGAAGUCAUUGCGCGUCAUAUUCCAUCUCCACCUCUCUCCCCUAGUCAAUUAGACGCCAAAAUAGGAGCCGACAGGUUUUCUCGUACCGCUUCUGUCAAUAUUGACUUCAAGGCUGAUGAUGCGGAUUACGAGGCCACCAGGUUCCUUGCCGAAAGCAGGGUAUACACGAACCACAGGAUGAAGUUGGAAAAGGCGAUACUGACUCACGAGCGAGGUGGGGAUUCGCCGGACAGUACUGAUUCGGAGGACACGAAGGACUUGUCGGGGAAGCCUCGUGGUUUGGUGGGAUUGCAGAACAUCGGAAACACCUGUUACAUGAAUGCAGCGUUACAGGCGUUAUCGAACGUGCUGCCAUUGACGCAAUUUUUUUUAGACUGUGGCCACAUGGUCAGUUACAUAGCGCGUGAAAGGAAGCCAGGAUUAUGUUUGAGUUACAUGAAUUUGGUGAAGGACAUGUGGAACAGGAAAACACGGGGUUAUGUAGUCCCGCAUGGAAUUCUGUCUGGGAUUCGAACGGUGCACCCGAUGUUCCGUGGCUAUCAUCAGCACGACACGCAAGAAUUUCUACGUUGUUUUAUGGAUCAAUUGCACGAGGAACUGAAGGAACAAUUGGAGGGGGAUCGGGAGUUGAUUUUAGGCCCGAAGAGCCACGAGGAGCAUUCAGAAGAGGAGGGAAAGAACGAUGAUCAAGACGAUGAGGAGGAUGAGGAGGAAGAGGAGGAAACCGAAGUCGAAGGUAACGGUUCGAGUCAAUCGGACGGAGAGUACGAGACUUGUGACUCGGGGGUGAGCGAGCAGAGCUCGUUAUCCGACGAAGGCGAGAGAGGCACCAAGAGAAGAUAUUCGAGGAUCUCGCAGUCGGACAAAUUACGCAAUAAAUUGACGAAUCGUGGACGGAAUAAGAGUUCGGGAGACGAUAAUUUUGGGCAGCAAGCGAUACCCACUUGCCAGGGCCAACAAGGACAACAGAGAUCGAUGCAAAAUUCACCUGCGAAACAUCGAUCCAAAAAACAAACUAAAACACGGAGCAUAAUAAGCGACAUAUUCGAUGGGAAAUUGCUCAGUAGCGUUCAGUGUCUAACAUGCGAUCGCGUCUCAACGAGAAUCGAAACUUUCCAAGACCUCUCGCUGCCGAUACCCAGCAGAGAUCACAUCGAUAUGCUCCACCAGGGAUCUCUGACUCCGCAAAAAGCCGGACCUUGCUCCGACGUCGUUUACGUCACUAAUCAAUCUUCCUGGUUGUCGUGGUUCGUACAAUGGAUGAGAUCCUGGUUCUGGGGCCCCGUGGUCAGCCUUCACGACUGUUUAGCCGCUUUCUUCAGCGCCGACGAGCUCAAGGGCGACAAUAUGUACAGUUGCGAGAAAUGCAACAAGCUCCGCAACGGUAUUAAAUUUUCAAAAGUUCUCGAACUCCCUGAAAUACUUUGUAUACAUUUGAAAAGAUUUCGUCACGAAUUAAUGUUCAGCUCGAAAAUAGCUAAUUACGUAUCGUUCCCGCUGGAAGGACUCGACAUGAGACCUUAUCUGCACAAAGAGUGCGUUUCCAAGGUAACCACCUACGACCUCGUCUCCGUCAUCUGUCAUCAUGGCACAGCCGGCGGCGGUCAUUAUACUUGUUACGCUCUCAAUCCCAUCGUGAAUCAAUGGUUCGAAUUCGACGAUCAAUGCGUCACUCAGGUCACUCCUGAAACCGUCAAAAAUUGCGAGGCUUAUGUUCUUUUUUACAAAAAAGUAUCAACCGAGAUGCUGCAACUACGCGACAAAACGGUCGAACUGCUUGAGAAAUCUUCGCGGGAACCUUCCGAGCUCAAUUUCUACGUUUCACGACAAUGGAUCAAUCGCUUCAACACAUUCUCCGAACCCGGGCCCAUCGUCAAUUCUGACUUUUUAUGCCCCCAUGGCGGUGUCAAUCCCGUUAGAGCUGGCUUCGUCGACAAAAUCAGUUUACCCCUCUCGCAACCCGUUUGGGAAUUUAUGUACAAUAAAUUCGGCGGUGGCCCGGCAUGCACGCAUCUUUACGAAUGUCCCGUUUGCGAAGAGAAGUACGAAUCGUUGCAGAAACGUAGAUUGUACGAAAUGGACGUAUUCCAACGUUACAACUCGGACAACCCAUCGGCCAUUUACGCCAUUGCCAUGACCUGGCUUCGUCAGUGGCAAAGUUUCGUAAAAGGCAAAGAGAUCCAGCCACCAGGACCAAUUGACAACACCUCGAUCAUUGUUAACAAAAACGGACAGAACGUUUUGAAAGCUGGUUCCGACUGCGGCCAAAUAUCGGAGGAGCUUUGGCAAUUUUUCUACAGCACUUACGGGGGUGGUCCCGAACUGAUGCUGCACUCUGGGCAACGUUCGGCGCAGCUCCAGCCAAAUAUUUCGUUACAUUCCUCGUCAACGCCGAACCUCGUUGAGCAGCCUCCGAAACCAAAUCGCGCGGAAAGCGCAUUAACCAAAAUAAGUUCAACGAAGAGUACGGAGACGAUAUCGUUACAGGAUAGUGCUAUCGACAGUAUAGCGUCGGACAGUGACUCGCUGCAUACGCAGAGAGACACCAUUGGAUAAGUUCAUUUUCAUAUUCACGAAAUCGAAUAAUAUCCAAAUUGGAAGAUAAACUAAAACUAGGUAAACUAAAUCGCGUUCCUUCAGCAGACUUUAAAUAAACGCAAAAGCAACAAAAUAAUGUAAAGUAAGAUUUUAAAAAGCCAUGAGAAUCAUGCAUCGUGAUAAAAGCUCUUGAUAUUCAUCGAGACAAAAUGAAAGAGUCUAAACGUACGCACGGCCGAGAACAAAAGUCGAACCGCGUCGAUCACUCAAUUAGCUGCAAUUACUGUUGAAACACUUUUCAUCACCGCGUCUAUACGACUGUAAAUCCACAAUGAUCAUUUUAUCGACGUUCAAUAUUCGAUGAGCCGAGGGGACGAUAUCGAAAAACAAUGAAAAGAAAAAGAACGAAUAGAGUUUCGUUUGUGAUAUGCCUGCUUGACAGAAAGAUGGCUAUGCGUCGUUGAGAAAAACACAAAAAACUAUAAGCAUUUCUUAUUAAUUCUCCAAAAUUAAGGGUGUUGUGCAUAAAGACAUUUUCUUCAUUAUUUUUUUCGCUUCUCAAAUAUCUAUUAUUUUCAUAAUGAAUAUUUUAAACGAGGAAUAAAUAUUGAGUAUCAGUUGUACGUGUACUAUAGACAUUUGAUUGAAUUGGAAUUCCAUUCGAAAAGUGUAUAAUUAUGUUUAUAUAUAUAUAUAUAUAUAUAUGUAUGCAUGUGUAACUAGUCGAGAAAACUUGUUGCAUAUAUUUCCAAGUUGAAAAACAAUGACGAAACGAGGCAAAAGUCUUUGUGUACAAUAAUCCGGGCUUUGUUGAUUCGUUCCGAAUAUUCUCUCGAUCUCUUCAUUUUUUUCGCGUCGUUAAUCUGUAAAAUAACGGAGUAAAAAUGAGGAAAGAAACGACGAAAAAAAUGAAGGACGAGAAAAAGAGGGUUAGGGCUGGUGAUUGUAAAUUUGUCUAGUUUUUAAAAUAAUAUCUUAACACUCGAUCGUGAAGGGGGUUAAGAGUAGAGGAAAGGGCUUAUGGAACAAUGGGAAAAGAGAAAAAACAAAAGAAACAGUACAAAAUUUGUCGUUCAGUUCUUUCGUUCUUUCGAGCAAAAAAUACCGAACAAACGUAGAGGGGGGAACGAGCGAAGAGGUUCCAUCCCGGCGUUCCAUGAAUGUAUGAUCAAUCGUUGAUUUUUUGUACGAUCGUUUUAUUAAUUAUAUAUUUAUCAUUAUUUGUAUUUCACACCUACAUGUACAAAAGCAUUUCGCAAUGAAAGAGGAUCCGCGAAUUCGCUUACCACAGAAUCGCAAAAAUGUUUAUAUUUAAAAAAACGGUUCACUCGAUCGGAGUUGAACGACGAGAAACGGACGCAACAUCGGCGAGCAGUUUUGUCCAAGAGUCGAGUCCGUCACAAAGAGAACAAUCGCUCGGCCCGAUUUCUUUUUCCUAAAUGCGACCGCCGACGAUUCGAAUAAUUGAUGGUUUCUCCCGUUCGCCUCGUUUUAUUUUAUUAAUUUAUACGUUAGAGUGAAUUAGAAAACAAAAUAAUAAAAAAAAAAACGUUUUCGCCGGGGUAGAUUUAUAGUACGGAAAGUUAUUGGGGCUCUCGUCGAGCAGGGGGUGGCGCACUCGACGUUUCAACGGUUAUGUAUAUAUAUCUAUGGCGCUAAUUAUCCUUAUCGCAAAUUCAUGGUUCUACCGUUGACUGACAUGAAUAUUAUUGUGUAUUUCUAUAUCUCACUUGUACGACGUCUUAAUGCGCACGCCGAGCAUCGAAAACCAAGAAAAACAAUAACAACAAUUGAAUAAAAGAAAAGAAUCUUUAAAAUCGAUGGAUGCGGAGAUUUUGGAAAAAUUCGUCAUAACUUUCCUUCGCGGUGUACCGUGACGAGUGCUGCAACGAUUUUGUAGCGCCGGUUCGCUCCCGGACUCCGAGAGACCCGGGCGACUUCUCCGUUCGGCGCGCCCCCGUUCGAUGGGCAAAUGUCAUUCUCGUUGAUGUCUUCGGGAGGCUGGAUCGUAUUGAAAAAGUGACUGGGAGAACUUGAAUUUUAGAAAUGUCAUCCUCUGCGCGGCGUCCGAACGACGCUGAUGUAAUUUUUCAUGAAAUUUUCGUAAAUAAAUAAUAAAACUAUGUCGGCGAGGAGUCGGAGGCACACGACACUCGGCCGUAAUCGCGGGGAGGGCUUGUAAAUUGUAACAACAAUGGAUCAUCUAUCUGAAAAUGUAACAUACCUAAAUAAGGUUAAUAAACGAAUGGAUUGGUUUUCAUGAUUUAUUGAAAAACGAAAA